AUGCCUGCUAUUGAUUCCCACCGGCCGCUGCGGAUCUCAAUCGACAGGGGCGGGACCUUUACGGACUGCGUCUGCAAAGUCGCGGGCCAAGAGGACAUCGUGGCGAAAAUUCUCUCGGUAGAUAACAAGAACUACCCCGAUGCCCCGACAGAAGCGAUCCGCCGGGUAUUAGAGAAGUAUUAUGGACAACCGAUUCCUCGAGGUACUACCUUGGACCUCAGAGAUGUGGAAUGGAUUCGAAUGGGCACAACCGUUGCGACAAACGCUCUCCUCGAGCGCAAGGGUGAGCGCACAGCGUUCCUAAUCACAGCCGGAUUCAAAGAUAUUCUGCAAAUCGGAAACCAAUCCCGGCCGUAUAUGUUUGAUUUGACCAUUCGACGACCACAGCCACUAUAUUCCGAUGUGUUCGAAGUCGACGAGCGAGUUAUGCUCGAGCGCUGCAGUGAUUCCAAUCUGCGGUCUCUAAACCUUCAACAUCCAAAGCCACUACAGACUGUCGUGGGCACUUCCGGAGAAAGGGUGCACAUCAUCAAGCCACUGGACGUGGAAGCCACACGUACGUAUCUGCAACAAAUCUAUGCCGAAGGCUUCCGAUCCAUUGCUGUCUGCCUUAUGCAUUCCUACAUCUUCCCGGGCCAUGAGCUUCAGGUCAAGGAAUUGGCAAGGGAAAUGAGAUUCGAGCAUAUAUCUGUAUCGCAUCUGGUGUCCCAGCGGCCAAAGAUCGUCCCAAGAGGAAAUUCCACCGUUAUUGAUUCCUACCUCACCCCGACAAUUGAAAGAUACCUCUCGCAGUUCAGUGCCAGUUUCCCUAGCUUCGACAACGGGCACACCAAACUGGAGUUCAUGCAAUCGGAUGGCGCUCUAGUGCCGGCUUCGAAAUUGUCGGGAUUGCACGCCAUUCUUUCCGGACCAGCCGGUGGAGUUGUGGGCUAUGCACGAACCUCGUAUGAUGCAGAGUCGAAGAUCCCCAUCAUCGGGCUCGACAUGGGAGGCACAAGCACCGAUGUCAGUCGGUACGACGGGCAAUUCGAUCACAUAUUCGAGACCACGACAGGCGGUAUCCCAAUCCAAGCUCCCCAACUCAAUGUAAACACCAUUGCGGCUGGAGGCGGAAGUAUUCUUGCCUGGAAAGAUUCUCUGAUGGCUGUUGGUCCCGAAAGUGCCUCCUCGCAUCCUGGCCCCGCGUGUUAUAGAAAGGGAGGGCCCUUGACGGUGACCGACGCAAACCUGGCGCUUGGAAGACUGAUUCCAGAGCAUUUCCCUUCGGUUUUCGGACCCAGCGAAGAUGAGCCGCUGGAUCGUGAGAUUGUACUUGCGAAAUUUCAAGAACUCGCGGAGAUCAUAAACCGCGACAUCGACAAGUCACUCACAUGGGCUGAGGUAGCAGACGGCUUCCUACAGGUCGCGAAUACGGCCAUGUGUGGCCCGAUCCGCCAGUUAACCGAAGGAAGAGGGCAUGAUGCUGUGAAACAUCAUCUAGCUUCCUUUGGUGGUGCUGGCGGACAGCACACCUGUGCCAUCGCCGAAGCCCUCGGAAUUCGACGUGUGCUAAUCCAUAAACAUUCAUCUAUUCUGUCUGCAUAUGGUAUUGGCUUGGCCGAUGUCGUCCAUGACGAGGAGAGACCAUACGCAAAAGUAUUCGAUAACUCGACCAAGGACUCCAUCUAUGCAGACCUCGAGAACUUGUCACAAGUUGCGCAAAGCCAUCCGACACUGGACCACUUCUCCCAUGUCGACGGCCACCAGUUCCUGUUCAUGCGAUACGAUGGUAGUGAGACCGCGAUAAUGGUCCCCGUCAAGGAUGGCGCCGAUCCCAAACAGGAGUUUAUCGAUUUCCAUCAUCAACAGUUUGGAUUCAGCCCAGUAGAUCGCAGAGUCUUUGUCGACAAUAUCCAUGUACGGGCUGUGGCGCGAAGCAAUUUUGGCGACGACACACCACCGAGCCUGCAAGCAUUACAGGACAUCAGCGAGAAACUUCCUCCCCCAACGCCCGCUUCGACCGAGUCUGUCUACUUCAGGUCUCUUAAAUGGAUGGACACGCCUGUAUACCUGCUAGGAUCUCUACCAGCGGGUAUUACCGUCCAAGGCCCAGCUCUAGUAGUCGAUAACACACAAACCAUCGUGAUCGAUCCUCACUGCUCUGCGACUGCAACCAAGGAUCUCUUAGUACUAGAUGUUGGUUCCCAGAAGAAGCUAGUCAGCGCCACUGCUAUAGACCCUGUUCAACUGUCAGUCUUCCGACACCGGUUUUACGGAGUAGCCGAACAAAUGGGACGAGUUCUUCAAAAAGUCAGCGUGAGCGCAAACAUCAAAGAACGAUUGGAUUUUAGUUGUGCGAUCUUCUCGCCGGACGGCUCGCUGGUCGCGAAUGCUCCUCAUGUGCCGGCUAUGAUUGGGAGUAUGGGGUUUGCUGUGAAGUCGCAGAUUCAACAAUGGACAGGCAAGCUGCGAGAUGGCGAUGUGCUGCUUUCUAACUCACCAGAAUUCGGUGGUGUUCAUCUCCCGGAUUUGACUGUCGUCACGCCUGUCUUCGAUUCUGAAGGAAAGGAAAUUAUCUUCUGGACAGCCUCGCGUGGCCAUCAUGCCGACGUCGGCGGAAUUCUCCCAGGGUCCAUGCCCCCCUCUUCCAAGCGUCUCUGGGAAGAAGGUGCUAUAUUCAACUCCUUCCAUCUUGUGCGAGAUGGCCAAUUUGCGGAAACAGAGCUGAAGCGGAUACUCUGUGAUGAGCCUGUAAAGCAUCCGGGCUCCAGCGGCUCGAGAUGCUUCCAGGACAAUGUGACCGACAUUAAAGCUCAGGUUGCAGCGAACAAUUGCGGUAUCCGCUUGGUUCGACAGUUGAUUAAGGAAUAUACAAUGGAUGUGGUUCAGAUGUACAUGGGAGCCAUCCAAGAUUCGGCAGAGCUUGCAACCCGCAACUUGUUCAAGAAGCUCGUGAAGAAUUUCUCUGGGAAUAAGAUUUCUGCUGUCGAUUACAUGGACGACGGCACGCCGAUUCACUUGGAGGUCACUAUCAACGAGCAGGAUGGAUCUGCGGUGUUUGAUUUCACCGGAACAGGUCCAGAGGUCUACGGCAACUGGAACGCCCCAAUCGCCAUCUGCAACGCAGCUGUGAUAUUCGCCCUCCGAUGCAUGGUAGACUCCGAUAUCCCCCUAAACCAAGGCUGCAUGAAGCCAAUCACCAUGAUUACCCCCGAGAAAUCGCUCCUCAAGCCCAGCACAGAAGCGGCCGUCUGCGCAGGCAACGUCCUAACUUCCCAACGAAUCGUCGACGUUAUCUUCAAGGCCUUCCGCGUCUGCGCCGCAAGCCAGGGCUGCAUGAACAACUUUACAUUCGGCAUCGAUGGCGAAAACGGCUUCGGAUACUACGAGACGAUUGCCGGUGGUAGCGGUGCUGGGCCCGGCUGGAAUGGGACUAGCGGGGUCCAUACUAACAUGACAAACACGCGCAUUACGGACCCGGAAUCCUUGGAGCAGCGGUAUCCCGUUGUGCUGCGCCAGUUCUCUUUUAGGAACGGCAGUGGCGGCAAGGGGGCCUGGAACGGCGGCGAGGGAGUUAUUCGCGAUGUGGCGUUUCGCGUUCCCAUGUCUGCAUCUAUUCUCUCGGAGCGGCGUAGUCUUGCGCCGUAUGGAUUGGAUGGUGGCUCUGAUGCACAGCGUGGCCGGAACACUUGGGUAAGUAGGGCUUCCGGGUUAGCAUGUUCUAUCGGAGGUAAAGGCUCGGUCAAUGUAGAGCCUGGUGACCGGAUGGUCAUUGAGACUCCCGGGGGUGGUGGCUACGGGAAGAUAGAAGACGCAGAGAAACCCGAAGUAAACAUUUCGCAAACGAAGCCUUCUUCGUUUGUGCCUGUCGCGAGCGGGAGUGUUGCGGAGAGUCGUGCUCUUGCAGAGCAGGUAUGAGGGAGACAGACUGAGACUUGUGGAUAAGAAAUUCGAUAGAUAU